AUGCCGAAGCAAAAGCUCCUGCUAGACGAUGAGGAGGAGCCUCAGGACUUUACCAUCAAGGUCAACGAGGACUUCGCCAAGCGCUUUGAGCACAACAAGCGGCGCGAGGAGCUGCACCGCCUGCAAGAGAAGCACCCGCACAUGGCAGCGAAGCUUGCGGACAAAUUUGCAAAGCAGGCCGGAAAGCAGCAGCCCGGCGGCCAGAAGCAGCAGCAGCAGCAGAACGGCGGCGGCGGCGGCGGCGGCAAUGACGGCAGCGACGAGGACGACAGCGCAUCGGAGGAUGACGACGAGGAGGAGCCGCCGGACGACACCGAAAAGGCGAGCACACGGGGUGGCCGGCCGCUGCAGGCGCGGCGGCCGUCCGGGCGGUGCGACGGGGUUCUCUCCACCCUCAUUAAGAUUAGGCGCCACGACCCCGAGGUGUUCAAACCCGAGGUCCACUUUUUUGCUGACGACGAGGACGGCGCUGACGAGGACGGGGACGGCGGGGACGGGGAGGGGCGCGGCGGCAAGGAGAAGCCGAUGUACCUGAGGAGUGUCUUGGCGCAGCAGGUGUGGGCCGGCGUCUGA